AUGCUCGCCGGUGGCACAGCGGCCCUCGGCUGGGUGUACCUCGGUGUGCUGCUCGUUGCGUUCAUCGCCGCCGCGGGCAAGCUGUGCUCCGACUGGGGCAAGGGCGGCGAGGUCCUGUUCGAUGGCGCAAGCGUCUUCCUUCUCUCGAGCAUCAUGUACAACCAGGCGACUGAGGUGUACCCUAGUGCGUACCAAGCUGUUUUGCUCCACUUGCGCUCAGCUAACCCCGCAGCCUUCAAGUCGUUCCCGACGCCGCUCCCCGCCGAGCUGACCGAGCACGAGCUCUUCCCCGGCCUCGCCGGCGCCGUCCGCGACCUCGCCAACGACAACAUCAUCACCGCCGUGAUGCUUACAGGCAUCAUGUUCCUGCAGGCCGGGCGGUACUACUCGUCGCGCGGCUCGGGCGAGCACUACCCGCGGAGCGGGAACACGAGUGCCGCGACCUCUGCCGCGCCGACGCCAAAGGCGUCCCCCAAGCUCGACACGGUGCGCCUCUCGCCCGUGUCGGAGCGCAAUGCGACGCCCUUCCGCGAGCUGACGGAGGAGGAGUCGUUCGAGCUCCGCGCGCUCGAGAGCGACGAUGCGUCACCAGUGGUGCAGGCGACGGCCACGAAGACCAAGAGCAAGCCUAGGCGGCGCUAG